GUCUCCUUGUCCCCAUCACGGCUCCCGCUCGGCCCCCCCGCGCCGCCAUGUCCGCGCCCGGCAGCGGCGGCGACUUCGGGAACCCGCUCAGGAAGUUCAAGCUCGUCUUCUUGGGCGAGCAGAGCGUUGGGAAGACCUCCCUGAUCACCCGGUUUAUGUAUGACAGUUUUGACAAUACUUACCAGGCAACCAUUGGAAUUGAUUUCCUGUCCAAAACAAUGUACCUGGAGGACCGCACGAUUAGGCUGCAGCUGUGGGACACAGCCGGCCAGGAGAGAUUCCUCAUUCCCAGCUCCAUCCGUGACUCUGCUGUGGCUCUCAUUGUCUUUGACAUCACAAGUCCGGCUGCAGCUCUGGGACACGGCGGGGCAGGAGCGGUUCCGCAGCCUCAUCCCCAGCUACAUCCGCGACUCCACCAUCGCCGUCGUGGUCUAUGACAUCACAAACUUGAAUUCUUUCCAGCAAACCUCCAAGUGGAUCGAUGAUGUCAGGACAGAGCGAGGCAGCGAUGUCAUCAUCAUGUUGGUGGGGAACAAAACCGACCUGGCAGACAAGAGGCAAAUCACCACAGAGGAAGGGGAACAGAGAGCCAAAGAGCUGAAUGUGAUGUUCAUUGAGACCAGUGCAAAGACUGGCUACAAUGUGAAACAGCUUUUCCGCCGUGUGGCUGCUGCCUUACCUGGGAUGGACAGCACACCAGAGAAGAGCAAAGAAGACAUGAUUGACAUCAAACUAGAGAAGCCCCCCGAGCAGCCAGUCACGGAGAGCGGGUGCUCCUGCUAACAGCCCCUGCCAGCAGCACCCCCGCCCGGCCGGGCUCCCGGAGAACAUCCCGCUCAUCACCAGCCCUCUGGGGCUGGAAAACCAUUCCUAAGCGAGCGAAUCCCUGUGUGUACUGGUGGGGAGCAGCCCCGGCCGCCCCUCUCACUGCAUGGUUUGAGCCCUGAGUGCAGAAUGAGUGUCCUGUCUUUUGAGUUUAUUUUUUUAUGUUGUUGCACUUUGGCACCGCGGUGCCCUUCACACUCUCUCCCUCUCUCUUUCUCUCUCUCUUCCUUCCCUUUCUCCCUCUGUUCCCACCUCGAGCCUCCCUGCUCAGAUGUAUCUUGUGAAUGCCAUGGAAAAGCUGCCGAGUUAGGGAAGACAAAAAUGAAGCUUUGGGGGGUGGGUUCUCCACCUUCCCUCCUGCCUUGCAUCCUCCCCCUGCCCUCUCCAGCCCCGCAUCCCCACUUCCUCUGGUAAAAGGCUGCUCCUUAAACCAGUCACUUGGACUUGCCUUUUUGGACUCUGCAGGUUCCCUGUUCCCAGGCUUUGCUUCCCACAGGGCACACACCCCAUGAGCUCCCUGGUUUCUCCUUUCUGUGGAUGAUCCUGGCUAACUCUUGCUCACAACUUCCCAGUUUUGCCCUUCGUGUCGCACAGGGCCCUGGAAAGCCCCAAACUCUGAGAGCUUUGGCCUUGUUGCUCCUGUUUGUGUGGCAGGGACAUCCCAGAGCCUGCUCCCCCUGGCUGGAAUCUCUUCCCAUCCAGAGGAUGUUGGUGAGUGUUGGUUGCAGACGUGGGGGAGGAGGAGGGAACAAAGACUUUGCAGCCCAAGGCUGGGUGGGGAGAGAUCCUCAGGGAUUCUGGAAGGAAAUAGCGACCUGAAAUCCAUCACUGCAGGGACAAUACCUGCCCUGGGAGUCAUGGGUGCUCCUCAGGCUCUUUCCCUGAUCUCCAUUCUCCUGUUCCUCAUCACGGCAGCUGCUUCAUGCGGAGCAGGAGAGCCACAGCAGAGGGGAAGGGCAACAUUCCACUCUCAUUCCCAGGUUGCUGCUUGAUGGAAUCAUUGCCAUUGCCUCUGCCCUUGGAGCAGAGCUCUGGGGUGGGACCAGCAGCAAUUUAACUCCUGGGGGAGUUUUAACCUUUGCCAAAGCUGAGGGGAGCAGUGGCAGGGAAUUCCUGUCCCAGUGGGUGGAGGAUUGGAGGAUUGAACACUGCUGAAGGGAAUUCUGAUGUCACUGCCCAACCUUGGAGGUUGGGAACUGCCUCCUUUCCCCCUGGUUUUGAAUUAAUUCAGAGCUUUUCAGAGAUUUCUUGGGGUUUUGGGUCCACAAACAAGUUGGUCUGUCAGUUGGCAGAGAGGAGAAUUCCACUGUCCUUUCCCCACCUGGGCCAGUGUGACACGGAGGGUGCUGUGGUAGGACACAGUGUGACCACGGUGGGGGGGUCAGUGACACUCCCUCCCCUCCCCUGGCAGGGUGUCCCUCAGUCCCUGCCGCCGUGUGUGCACCUGAGGGCAGGAGGGGACAGCCCAGGCCUGGCAGCAGGUCACCGAGGUCCCCAGAGUCCCCUCCCCUCCAGGCGAGCUGGCUGCAGGAGGAAGCUGGGAUGUGACUCCCCCUUGCCCGCCCCUCGGGAAGCUGCUCCCAUUCCCUGUACAUAGCCCUUUGUGGGAAUUGCUGGUGUCGGUGUCCGUGUCUGUAGAACAGGUGUUGCUGUCCCUCCUCACAGGCAGCUCUGCUGUCCCUUCGUGUUGUUCGAGUCACGGACCGGGGCGGGAGGGGGGAGACCCCAAUUACGGGGCGGGGGGUAAUUAGUGGAAUCCAAUAGUUCCCUUCCCACUGUUUUUCUGGAUGUGUUCCUGCCGUGUGUCCGGCCCUGCUGUCUUGUAGCUGUAGCAAGUAAGUGUGACUGUAACUCUGAGUAAGGACUGUGUGACACAGCCACAGUGUAUCACUAAAUAAAGUUAUUUCACCAACA